GUACGAGAAAGUGAUUCCCAGGACCCGUACGGGCACCGAGUGGUCCGCCUGUUAGACGACUUCAAGAUUAGUGGUGUUAACGGAACCCAUGUUUGUAUGGUAUUCGAGGUGUUGGGCUGUAAUCUAUUGAAACUCAUUAUCCGAUCUAAUUAUGAGGGCAUUCCUCUCACUAAUGUUAAGCGAAUAAUACGACAGGUUUUAGAGGGUUUGGAGUAUUUGCACACAAAAUGCAAGAUAAUUCACACCGACAUUAAGCCCGAGAACAUACUGUUAACUGUGGACGAGUCGUACGUGAGACGACUGGCCAACGAGGCCUACCAGUGGCAACAAAUGGGAGUCAAGUUACCCGGAUCACUCAUCUCG